GAUGGUUCAAGAGAGAAUCAAAAACUGUAUCCCAUGUAUCCCGACACAAGGUAUCAUGCCAAAACCAGAGCCAUUGAAUAUGACCCCACUACCCAAAGCGCCGUGGUGUGAAAUCGCCAUUGUCUUCGUUGGCCCAUUCCCCUCGGGUGAAGUUUUAAUUGUGGUCAUUGACGAAUUAAGUAGGUUUCCAGAAGUCGAAAUCCUCCAUUCCACAACUGCCAACGCCGUUAUCCCCAAACUCGAUUGUAUUUUCUCUAGACAAGGAAUACCCAAAGUCGUCAAAUCGGACAAUGGGCCCCCUUUCAAUAGCAACGAAUUUGCAAACUUUGCAAGUUUCCUUGGAUUUGAGCAUCGAAAAGUUACGCCUUAUUGGGCCCAAGUGAACGGCGAGGUCGAACGCUUUAUGCAAACACUAGAAAAAGCAAUCCGUACAGCCCAUCUAGAAAAGAGGAAUUGGAAACAAGAAGUGAACGCAUUUCUACGCCAGUACGGUGCAACUCCACACAGCGCUACUGAUGUGUUACCCUCUGAAGCUCUGAACGGUCGCAAAAUACAAACGCCUCAUCCCCAGCUCACUGAAGUCAACCAAUCUGACAUCUACAAUUCCAUCCAUGAGAAAGAUAGUGAAAAGAAGAGAAAGAUGAAGGAAUACGCCGACCAACGACGACGGUCUGAAACUAGUGGAAUAAAAGUAGGCGAAGCAGUCCUAAUCCGACAACCAAAAACAAACAAGUUGUCCACCCCUUUUAAUUAAUCCACAUCCUUACAAGGUUGUAGCAAGAAAGGGAAGUAUGGUCACCGCUGAACAUGGUCCCUACAAAGUUACACGCAAUGUUUCGUUUUUCAAAAAGAUUGAAACGACUCCAGUUACAGAAAAUGAAACGGACGACGAAGCUGACGACCCAAUCCCAAGUGGCCAACAUCACCAGAAACAAAUUGCUGUACUCCCACCACUGAGAAGAUCCCAGCGGCAAAGACAACGCUCCAACAGAUUAACUUACCAAAUAAACGGACACGUUAUUUAA